AAAAGCGCCACCCAAAACACAACACAACAGACACUCCCUUCAUACACUUUGCUUCGGAGCUCUCUUCAUCACAUUGCUUCCGAUCCUAGAGUCCUUUGUUCUGUUUCUGAUCCAAUUGAAUUUGACUAAACGCUAUCUGAUCAUGGCGGAGACUGAGAGAUCAUUGGCUGAUGAUCGAGAAGUGAUCAGCCACGUGGGUAAUGGUGGCGAGACUAAGUCUCCGUGGAAAACAUCGGCUUCUCCUGCCGAGACACCGGUAAUGGGUGCUCACUCGUGGCCUGCCCUCGCCGACGCGCAACAACCGCGUCCUAAGAAUCCUCCGCCGCCGCCGCCCCCGUCGUCUAAAGCCAUCCCAACUCCCGCUCAGGUUGUAGCUAAAUCCAAGCCUAGUGGAAAGGCUAAUCCUUUGCACAAGAAUCCACCUGGACGUCACUCGAAGCCAGGCGCUAAGAGCAACCAAAGUGGUCCUCCUCCUCCUCCUCCUUACCCUAUGCACGCUGUACCUUAUCAUCCACCUCCUUUUCCACCUAUGGUGCCGUAUCCUACUGCUCCUGAUUUUCCAUAUCCUCUUUAUCCUCCUUACACUGUUCCUGGAGCUCCUCCCGUUCCUGGAACUCCUGUUGCAGAGUCUGGCAAUGAGAAGCCAGUGCAAGCCCCUCAAGGAGAUCCUGGACAGCCUUGGCAGCAUCAGAGGGGUUUUGGCCCCAGAAACAUGCCGCAUGGAGCUGCUGGACCUAGGAACUUUGUGAGGCCUCCUCCGUAUAUGGGGCAAGGUCCUGGGUUCAUGGUUGGUCCUCGUCCAGGCUUUCCCGGUCCUGUAUACUACUUGCCGGUUCCACCCCCUGGAGCUAUAAGAGGGUAUCAUCCACGUUUUGCUCCAUACCCUGGUAACCAGGGUCCUCAAGCUCUACCUCCAGAACAACUCGACUUGCAGGAUAGAGUCAUAAAACAAAUAGAAUAUUACUUCAGUGACGAAAACCUUCAGAAUGAUCAGUACCUCAUUUCCUUAAUGGAUGAACAAGGAUGGGUUCCCAUCAAAAUUAUAGCUGACUUUAAAAGGGUUAAGAUGAUGACCAUGGAUGUGGAGUUUAUAGUCUAUGCGUUGAGAUUUUCUCAUUCUGUUGAAGUGCAGGGUGACAAGAUACGGAAGCGUGACGAGUGGUCUAAAUGGGUUCCUGCAUCUAAAAGGUCGGCCUCUGAGGAGAAAAUUGGAGACAAUGACAAAGAUUCCUCAGAGAGUGUAACAAGCAAAGAUAACUUUAAAAACUCUUCAAAGCCUACUGCGUUCUCUUCAGAGGGAGCUCAGUCAUCAAGAACCAACGUAUAUGAAACUGGUAAUCUGAAAUCAUUAUCCGACGAUCAAAGAAAGAUGGAUGUCUUGUCAAGCGAUUUUGCAAACACAUUCUUGCUUGAUGAGGAAAUGGACCUGGAGCAUAGAAGCCCAAGAAAGAGUGGUCUUUCCAUGUCCAAAAGGAUUGAUGAUGAAGACGAUGAUAUUGCUGUUGAUGAUCAUGAUAUUGAGAAACUUGUAAUUGUUACCCAGAAUAGUGGAAGAAGUGAUGGCACUGGAAUCAGUGGAACAAAAGCCAAAAACAUUCCCAAGGAGCUUGCCUCCACAAUAAACGAUGGCCUUUACUACUUUGAGCAGGAGCUCAAAAAGAAAAGGUCUGGUCGUAGAAAGAACAAUUCCCAUUUGGAUAGCAGAGAUGGAAAAGUAAAAGCUGGGGGAGGAUUGAACACUAAAUUAGGCGAAACUUCUGCAGCGAACGGUGGAAGUGAAGAGCAUAGCAUUAGGAGGAAGCAGAAUAAGGGAGCCCACAAACAUCAUAUAGCACAUGCACGAAGGUUCUUCUCGGGCAACAUGAGGAACCAUGGGGCUAGUAUCAGUUCUCAUACUUCAGAAAGUCCGCCUAGUAGCUCCAUUGGAUUCUUCUUUGGUUCUACACCACCAGACAAUCAUGGCCACAGGCUUUCAAAGUUGAGUUCAUCACCACAAUGCUCUUUAUCUGGCAGCAGUCCACCUGUGGGCUCUUUACCAAAAUCAUUUCCACCUUUUCAACAUCCUAGCCACCAGUUGCUGGAAGACAACGGGUUCAAACAAGAAAAGUACUUGAAGUAUCGGAAGCGGUGCUUAAACGAAAGAAAGAAGCUGGGGAGCGGAUGCAGUGAGGAAAUGAAUCAUUUGUACCGAUUUUGGUCGUAUUUCCUCCGAGAAACGUUUGUUCCGUCUAUGUAUGAAGACUUCCAGAAGUUUGCUCUUGAGGAUGCAGCUGGGAAAUACAACUAUGGGUUAGAGUGUCUCUUUAGGUUUUACAGUUAUGGUCUGGAGAAGCAGUUCGAAGAGGACCUUUACAAGGACUUCGAGCAGCUAACGCUUGACUUCUACCAUAAGGGAAACCUAUACGGCUUGGAGAAAUAUUGGGCAUUCCACCAUUACCGAGGCCAAAAGGAACCAACCAUAAAGAAGCACCCUGAGCUAGAGAAGCUACUGAAGGAAGAAUACCGUAGCAUAGCCGAUUUCCGAGCGAAGGAUUCAGUCACGAGCCAGAAAGAAAACAAGUCUCACUAAUGAUUUUGAAGAGACGAAGAGCAGAGGACAUAUCAUAUAGGGCUCUGCUUGCCACUAAGCAUAUUGAUCCUCUUAAUCUUAGACCUUAAAAUUUUUGUGCAUCUCUUUCUGGGGAAGUGACCAAAGCCAAGUGAAGCCAUCACUCUGAAUUUUCAAGGUUAUUUUUUUCCUUGGGUGUUGUUUUUUUCUUUCUUUUAUGCAAAGACAUAACAGAGCUUUGACUGAAGAGGCGUGCGGUUCAUCUAUAGACAGAGAGUCUCGCCCUUCUCUCCCCAGAAAGUUGUAAUCUUUUCUUUUUGUAUAUAUAGAGAUUUCAUUUUCUAGUUACUCAGUUUUGAAACAAAAAGAGAACAGCAAGAGAUUUGUCUACUUCAGUUCAGACUGUGAUUUAGUUAUAUUACAUUUUAUUUUAUUUUUUGUAAA